UUGACAUUGUAACCACGGCACAUUCCCAACGAAGCUUCUUCCCUCCCUUCCUGCGGGCGGGUGGGUGGUGGUUGGACUUGCAGUGUGUGGCAGCAGUUGCUUCUCCGUUCACCCUCCCUCCGACGACGCUACCAGUACCCUCCAUUUUUUGAAACAAAAAAAAGAAUUUGACUUUUCCUCCUCCCUCCCGUCGAUUCCUCUCUUUAUCUGGGGCCUUUGUUGCUUCUUUUGAUCUUCUUGGUGAACAUGAGUUUCCAGGACGACGUUGAAUCCCGAUACGGAGGAGGAAGCAGCCUGCAAUUCGACUCCUCGCCUCCUCCUUCUCCCUCUGCUGCCACCACUCAGGCCAUCGCCUCCGGGAUAUUCCAGAUCAACACGGCCGUCGCUUCCUUCUACCGCCUCUCCAACUCCCUCGGCACUCCCAAGGACACUCUCCUCUUGCGGGACAAGCUGCACAAAACAAGACUGCGAAUUAGCCAGCUGGUGAAGGAUACUUCGGCUAAACUCAAGGAAGCUAGCCUAGCUGAUCACGGUGCCGAAAUCAGCCCUGCAAAGAAAAUAGCCGAUGCAAAGCUUGCAAAAGAUUUCCAAUCAGUCUUGAAGGAAUUCCAGAAAGCACAAAGACUCGCUGCCGAGAGGGAAUCAACAUUUGCUCCUUUUGUUCCUAGAGAAUUUGUUCCUUCCAGUUACAGUGCUCAAGAGGUGGAAAUAAGCCCAUCAAGGGAUUCUGAACAGCAAUCUCUUCUUCUAGAGUCGAAAAGGCAAGAUGUUAUACAAUUGGACAACGAGAUUGUAUUCAAUGAAACCAUUAUUGAAGAAAGGGAACAAGGGAUCCAAGAAAUUCAACAGCAAAUUAACGAGGUGCAUGAGAUUUUUGAGGAUCUUGCUGUGCUAGUCCGUGAGCAAGGAGUUGUUAUUGAUGACAUCAGUGCCAAUAUAGAGAGCUCCCAUGCUGCGACAACACUAGGCACUUCUCAACUUGUCAAGGCAACUAAACUUCACAAAUCUACUUCGUCUCUGGGCUGUCUACUCCUGGUGAUUUUUGGAAUCGUUCUACUGAUUGUUGUCAUAAUAGUCGUGGCAUGAAAUUCUGAAUUGUCCAGUCAUCCGUUUCACCGUGUGAGGGCAUUGCCCAUUGCACCGCAACAGUAUACAGUGUACAUGAUGCUUGUCAAUGUAGAGCAGGUUGAAAAGUGGGACUAAUGUAUCUAUUGGAGACUGAAAA